AUGGACGCCACACAAGUGCAGCCUCUGGCCGACCGCUCCACCAACACACACCUCGCCAAUGCGAACGUCGACAAGUCAGACCUCAAGGCUGCCGACCUCUCCUCCAUGGAGAACCACCGCCAGAUGCUUCAAGGCAAGCUCGAGAGCGAAGAGAAACAGCCCACUUCCUACGUUUCUCCGUCGGACGAUAUCAUGAGCCCCUGCACCAAGAAGCUGAGUGACAUCAAGGGCAAGCGCUUCAAGAAUGCCGGCAAGCCCCAGUCACUCUUCGCAAAGCUAGGCAAGAAGAGCUAUGAGCAGUCAUCAGCCGAACAGGCUCAAACCACAGAAUAG